AUGGCCCCAUUGCGAAACGCAGUGCAGGAUCAUACUCCACAAUACGCUGCUGGUUGGACGAAGUACGAAGCGACGCCCGACUCAUCACCACCUUCUGCAUACCGUUACCGUACCCCGGAUGAGCUACAAGGUACACCAAUUGAGGGACAUUUUCGAACAUAUGAAGCAGGAGGAUAUUGCGUACUAUUACAAGGACCGACUGCAAAUUUGAUCUCCACCCUUCAACAACUUCAGGCUGACAAUUGGAUAGACAAG